AUGGACUUCUACGACAUCCGAUCGGAACUCCCGGCUUGGAGCAUGGACGAGCAAAGCGGGACAGAGCUCAUGGUCCCGGUCAAUGGCUCCAUGGUCGACUUUGGUGACGAGCUAGACUUUCAAGUCAUUGCAGACCAGGGGAAUUUGCCGUUUGACACCAAUUCCCACGACUUCGCGUUACAGGGCCCCCUCGCCGGAUUCAGAUACCAAGGAAACACCAGCGAGAAUCUCGACCCGCACUUUGGCUUUGUCGAUUGCGGGCUCAACCAGUCGGCUGUGGAUGGCUAUAGGAGUACAUACGCAUUACCAUGUGGCAACGACGCCAACGCUGGGAACGGGCUCCCAUCUGAUGAGCUCGCCGACAUGUUGGAGUCGCUACGCCUCGACGAGCCUAUUGGGAUUACACAGAACAAUAGCAGUCGCCUCAUACCUCUGCCCAACAGCAAACGCGGCGAUUCUCACCGCGUUCUCAGCGCUGAGACGUCUUUGGCACCUGCAUCGGCCAUCAAGGGAUUCAAGAGAACCAUGUUGCCACGGCUUCGGGCGUUGUUUCCGGAAUCUGCUGUCAGCCAUAGCUCGCAGCUCACACUCUCCGAUCUCUCGCGGUACAACACCAGAUGGCUCACUUCUGUUGGCGUCAAUGGAUGCGUUGGUCAGUACCGCGUUGCUCCGGUCACCAAAGCGGUGUACAACUACCUCAAACUUCCAAUGAUGACCUUACUGGAAAGAGAAUCGCGAACGAUAGCUGAACAAAGCUUGCUUCUUGACAUGCCGUACAGUCAACCACUGGCGGAGACUUUUUUCCGUGGAGCAGUUGAGCUCGGGGACAUCGAGGCGGUGGAACGUCUCCUGCGAUGCUCCAGGUUUGAGAUUUGUCCAAACGACCAGAAAAUCAUUGUCGACAAUCACAGCUACACUGCCAUCGAGCGUGCGGCUUUCCUGCAGCACUUCAGGCUGACUCUGUUGUUGGCGAGCUACGGCGCAGAUCUCAACAAGUCGUAUCGAAAGCCGGGCGGAAGUUUCAAAUUGCACAGAAUACCCAUACUGAGACCAAGUCACCGGGCCCAAGUCACCGGGGCCGUCGCAAAUGCUAUAGACGGCCAUGACAUGCCGUCCAGUAUCGGCUCUAGCCUCGUUGGAGCUCUGCUUGAUCGUGGGGCGACCGUGCGUUCCGAGGGGCUGAAAAAGGUUGCAGCGACCGAGGACCAUGUCAUGAUGGAGGUGCUCCUUCAUGGUGGUCUACGGCAACAUCUACAUGAGUGGGCCAGCAACCGAUUCCUGCAUGCUGCAUUCGCUACUUUACCCUUGGCUAGUCUGAUCAAGAUCGUGACACAGCUGCUCACAUACGAUUUUGACUUCACCGAAAGACGUUACGAGUUUACGCCGGAAAUACUUUUCGACUGGUGUGGAAAGGACCAUCCCCCUCGACUAAUUGAUAUUGCGUCUCUCCGCGGCUUCGAUUCGAUCGUCGGAUGGCUGCUCGACUGCAACGCUCCGAUUACUUCCGAUACCAUGGUGGCAGCUGUGUCUAGUCUCAAUGCAGAUCUGGUGCAGCUCUUGCUUCAGCGGGUGCCGGCUGCGAAUGCUUUCUCGACUCAUUUCUGUACCACUCCUCUCGCGGAGUCUGUCCGGAUUCGAAGUCACGACAUUUAUUCGAUGCUCAGCAAGCUAUCUGACACGAUGGCGAUGGAUCGAGAUUCGAAGACCGCACUCUUGAUUGCGGCUGCAGAGGCUGGGGAUAUGGUGAUCGUCAGCCGGUUGACUCGGCCACAAUCCCACUGCGGCGUUGAAGCUAUGGGCUACGCGCUCUUUGCGGCUGUGACUGCGGACCAGACCGACUCCGCUGUGGUACUCUUGGAAGCAGGGGCCACGACCGAUCCGGAAGAGUUUGUAAGCGACCGGAGCGCCUUCACUCUCUACGGCCCCGGGUACUAUGAAUUGAUGGACAUGAGACCACUAAAAGCUGCAGUCGCCCACCAAAACAAGGCGCUGGUUCGCACACUGCUUGACCAUAACGUUUGCUGGAGUGACUGCCUCGCGCCCGCGGUAGAGUGGGGAGAUCGUGCUGUCAUCUCUGAUCUGCUGUUUGCACGAACCUAUCAUUCUUCGUUAAGAUAUGGAGAUAGGGCAGAUGAAGCUGAGGCUCUCGCCGCCGCCGUUCGAGCCCGAGAUCUGGGCCUGCUUCGACAAUUACUUGAACAUGGCCUCUGCAUUAAUGCCAAUUCGCCUACUGCCCACCGGAAAUGCGCGUCUGCGUUAUCUGUGCAGCUCAACGAGACCGAGAUGUUGAGCAUGAUAGUCGCGUUUUGGCCUUCCCAGCUCGGCCCUGCCCUCACCUGCGCAGUGGAAUAUGACAAGUUGAAAGUGUUCGAUCUACUGGAGCCGUCGAUCAAGACUGCACGACCUCAGGAAAUUGGCCGACUCACCCGCCACGCAAUUUGUCUUGCGAUUCGGGAAAACAAAUCGGAGUUCGUUCGCCGCAUUGUCAACUUGGGCGGUGACUAUGGUGCCGGCGAUUUUACCAUUGCCUAUCAGUUCCAAGAACUUGGCUUCGUCUUCAUCCCACUUGCAGAAGCAAUUCGCAAAGAUCAUGGGCAAGAUCUGGACAUGGUGAAGCUUGUACUUCGUGCCAAGCACGGAUCCAUCGACCGGUGCCUUAAGAUGCAUCCCUGCGACGAGAAUCUCGGAGAACCUGCGGACCAUCGGUCGAUUUCCUUAAACGCUUUGCUCCUAGCGAUCACGACUGGCAACGUGGACAUGGUAGCACUAAUCAUCAGUUGUGGUGCCAAUGUGAAUCUCCCUGCUUUCCGGGGAGUGAGACGAACUCCUCUGCAAGAAGCGGUUGUAUGCGGCCAUCACGACAUUGUGAGCCUGCUCAUCGCAUCAGGGGCAGACGUCAAUGGAAAGCCAUGUCAGCGAGCAGGCCGCACAGCUUUCCAAUAUGCCGCGAGCGCGGGAUUUAUUGGACUAGCACAGCUGCUGAUCAGGCAUGGCGCGGACAUCAGAGCCCCAGGAGCGUCGGUGAACGGGAGAACAUCCAUCGAAGCAGCAGCUGAAGAUGGCCGAUUUGACAUGGUGACCUACCUUCUCAGACUUGGAGACUGGCCUGAGGGCCAGCUUGAGAAAUCCAGCCGCUAUGCCGCGGACAAUGGCCACAAUGCUGUCGCCAAUUUGGUCCAGUCUGCAUUGGUUCUCACCAGAGAUCAAAGCAUGACGAAUUGGGAUACGUCGCCAUUGCACAUGACGGCUCAGUACGGCGCCGAGCAGUCAAGUCGGAUCGAAGAGAUCCUGGAACCCGAUUCCGUCCUCUGCGAGCGUGCAAUGUCAACGGACUUCAUGCCGGUCGCACAACUUCCACAGAUACCUGAUCAAGCUAUGGAGCAUGAAUUCGUUGCACCAACCCAACAACGAGCGGACGAAUCACAGGAGCAACUCAUCAGCGCUGAAACGACAUCUACGAACGAAACACAAGACCCGGAACGACACCAUGCAGUUCAAUUGCGACUUCUGCGACAAGAAGACCGCCAGGAAGGAUACCAUGAAGCGGCAUCAAGCGACGCACAACAAGGAGGGAUAUCUGGAUUGUGA